UUUUUAUUAAGUCUUAGAAAAGAGCUUAUAAAUGAAUGUUAACGCAGAGAAAUCAUAUGGAAGCGGUAAUCCAUAUUAUUAUAAGAUGAAUCAAGGCCCGGAAGGGGUUUGGAUGCCAGAUAGAAAAGAAGUAAUUGAAUUUUCAGAGAAAUUUAAAGUAGAUAAAAAAUGGAAAGAUGUCUGGGCUUCUAUCUUGUUUUUUAUUAGUCUUAUUGGAUUUAUUUAUAUUUCUGGAGUAUCGAUUCAUGACUUUUUGAAUACGGAUGAGUUCAAGAAGAAUGGAUUUUCAGGAGGGUCGUCAUUUACAGUAAAUUCAAAUACGGUUUUUCUUUAUAUAUAUGUUAUUGGAUCAGCGUCAGUGUUAUCGUUUUUUUAUUUUUUACUUGCUCGUAUUUAUACAAAACAAUUUAUAUUGUUGACUGGGAUUCUUCAAAUAGUGUUGAUGCUAGCGAUUGGAAUAUUUUACUUAAUUAGGGGAUUAUAUGUUGUUUCAAUAGUAUUUUUAGUAUUUGUUAUAUUUUAUGCGUUUUGUUUUUAUACAUGGAGAUCUCGUAUUCCUUUGGCUACGAUGUAUUUGCAGUUUACUAUGAAAGUUUCAUCGCAUUAUCCUAGUGUGUACUUUGUGAGUUUUUGUGGAAUGAUUGUUUCUAUAGGAUUUUUUGCAUGGUUUUUUAUAACUCUUGUUACUUCUUAUAAUAAAUUUUCGGAAUAUGAGCCUAACGGGCUCAGGAAACAAUCAUGUAUUGAUAAUCCAAAUAAAUGUGGUUCUUCGUAUUUACAUUUAGUUCUUUUAUAUAUAUUUUUUAAUGCCUAUUGGAUUACGGAGGUUAUUAAAAAUGUUGUUCAUACUACUAUUUGCGGAGUAUUUGGCUCAUAUUAUUAUGGCUAUAAUACGCCGGAAGGGAUUCCAAAGCACGCAACUCUAUCUUCUCUUAAGCGUACUACAACAUAUUCUUUUGGAAGCAUUUGUUUUGGAUCAUUGGUAGCGUCUAUCGUCCAACUUUUAAGGGAUAUAUUUAAAUCAGUCAUGCGUGAUAGAGCAGGUUCAGGUGAUAUUAUAGGAACAAUAUUUUCAUGCUUUGCUUCAUGUAUACUUAUGUUAUUGGACUGGUUAGUUCAGUAUUUUAAUCAUUAUUGUUAUGCACAAAUUGCUCUUUAUGGUAAAAAAUAUUUAAAAGCAGCAAAAGAUACAUGGGAUAUGUUCAGGCGUACCGGAAUAGAUGCUUUGAUCAAUGAUUGUUUGAUUGAUAACGUUUUAUUUUUUGGUUCUCUUUUUGUUGCUUGCUUAACUGCUUUCUCCUCUUUUCUUUAUCUGAGAUUUACUAAUCCUGUAUACAAUAGUAAUGGUACUUAUUAUAUAGGUGUUAUAUUUGUCGCUUUCUUUAUUGGUCUUCAAAUAUGUAAUAUUGCAGUUAUUGCUAUUAAAUCAGGAAUUGCUGCACUUUUUGUAGGUGUUUCCGAGGAUAGAGAAGUUCUUCGUCGGAAUUUCCCUGUACUAUAUAACCAAAUGUUUGGUACUGUAUGA